GGGGCUGUGUGCACUUCCGGAUCCCUGGUGUCAGCUCUGCGGGAGGACGCAUACAAUGCCGGGAGAAUGGGAGCCGCUGAGAAGUUGUGACCCGGGGGAGAGAGCCGGGAGACGGAACGGGAAACAGGAGCUACAGGCGGACACAGAGCCCCGGGGAAGUCGGCAGCUGGACAGGAUCUGUGCAAGUGAAAUGACUGAAUAUAAACUGGUCGUGGUUGGUGCUGGAGGCGUGGGGCAAGAGUGCUCUGACCAUCCAGCUCAUACAGAACCACUUUGUUGAUGAGUAUGAUCCCACUAUUGAGGAUUCAUACCGAAAGCAGGUUGUGAUAGAUGGUGAAACAUGUCUGCUGGAUAUUCUCGACACUGCAGGUCAAGAGGAGUAUAGUGCCAUGAGGGAUCAGUACAUGCGAACCGGAGAAGGCUUUCUGUGUGUCUUUGCUAUUAAUAAUAACACAAAGUCCUUUGAGGACGUCCAUCAUUACAGAGAACAGAUCAAUCGAGUAAAAGAUUCUGAUGAUGUGCCUAUGGUAUUAGUUGGUAACAAAUGUGACCUCCCAUCACGGACAGUGGACACAAAACAAGCACAAGAGCUAGCAAAGAGUUAUGGGAUUCCAUUCAUAGAAACCUCUGCUAAAACAAGACAGGGAGUUGAAGAUGCGUUCUACACCCUCGUCCGUGAAAUCCGCAAACACAAAGAAAAGAUCAACAAUGGAAAGAAGAAGAAAUCCUCCAAAAGGAAGUGUGUCAUUCUUUAA